CGCUCCGAUCGGUUGGACGUUAGGUAGCGCCGUCGCACCGCGCUGCACAUGCGACCGCGUAUCAAAUACGAUGACGGGUGUCCCGCGUCCGGUAACACGCACCCGCUUUCUACGGCCAAACGGUACAGAAGCCGCCUGCUGUCUCUGAGCCGUUAUUGACAUGUUUACAUCUGUUCACUCGUCAACAAAUAAACUUUUUCACGGUUAUCAACAUCAACUGAUUCAUAUGCGCUUCAGCUGAAGGAUUGCGAAACUGUACAAGUGAAGUUUAAAAAUACAUUGGCACUAGUGUGUGGUGACGCCCGUUCGAGAUGUGUUCGUGCAGUAAAUUCUACGAUUUCUGUAGGAACUCAUGCGGAGCAGGGAUGUCCCUAGACGAGGGUAGACAAUCACAGAGGCCGUACAGAUAUGGCAUGGUGUUGCUAUGCGCGGGUGCGCUCAUCAACUGGCUGGGCCUGGCUGAAGACUACGCAGAGCCCGUGCGCUACGUGGGCGUCGCGUGUAUAGUUGCUGGCGCACUACUCAUAUGCGCUGCAAUGUGCUGCUGGCUGCAGUCGCCGGCGAGGCAGCCGCAGAAUGACCGGACUUCACCUGAUACACAUCAGAUUGACGAUCCUAUCCACGUGAUCUCAAUGCCAGAUGAAGAAACAAUGCAACAGAAACCGCCGGAUUAUGAUACAGUAGCUGGAGCACCACCAACCUAUGACGAUGCGAUAAAACUAAACCCGGCCAGGUUGCUGCAGGCUACAAGCAGCGCACGCCACGACCUGCCACAUCUCACCGACACGUCGGUCAUCCCGGGGCAGCCUGAAGACGCGCUCCCACCAUCCGCCCAUCCUCCACAUGUGCCCCACAUAGGUAUAGUUCCUGUACACAGAUCCCAAGUCCCCAAAACCCCUCCACCCCCAUACAACCCUAUACAUACUAUUAGAUGAAAUCUCAGCCCAAAAUCUGUGUUACCUUAAAUAGACUGCUGUUUCAUGUGAUGAGAGUAAAAUAAUUAAUCGGACUUAAUAUAUUACUUCACUGAGCAAAUACGUCGUUGAUAUUUCGACGAGUGUAACGGUAUUAUAUUUUUAUUGUACGGACAUAUCCACGCAUGAAACGAUUAAUUUAAUUUAGUAGGUAUUUCGAUGGACCUAGAAGCGAUGUGUACUUAUGUGAUAUUAUGAAAGUUGUAAUUAGUUACUUAAUAUAUCUACCUGCCUACUGUACAUAACGUUAAAAUUUUAUAAAAUAAUUUUGAUAUUACUAUGUGCAUAGUGUUUAAGUUUCAAAUUAAAGCUCUUCCAAUAUUUUUAUGUCCAAGAAUCAGAUGUAAGUUUUACUAAUGAUCGGCAAUGUUUAAAUUCAGUAGUAGCACUGUGCCAUUCUUAUUAGAUGUAUGUUAUCGUCACUAUAGUAGCAACGUUAACACUAUCUUACACCAAUACACUUUACUGAAUAGGUUCACGAGUAGGUAUUUGUGACAUUUGCAAACAACUUUGACAAGAUUCAUAACGAUUGUUACGAAACUAUUUAUGUAUUGAAAGCGUAUUGUAUAAAUAAUUUGUGACUGACUUGAUAUAACAGAUUAUCUGUGGAUGAGUAAUUAAAGCGGGCAUAGUCAUAUUACAAGACGUAUUGAUAACAUAACACCAUUUCCGUUCAGUUUUUUGUUUCUAGUCUUCGAAUAACGUUUAUGCAAAGACAGCAAACAACAUAGUCUGUGUUUUAUAUAAUUGUCAGUUUUCUAUAUUCUACAAUAAGCAUGCAUAAUAAUUUGUAAUUUGUACAUAUUCUGAUUGCACAACUUGAAGACAUUCCGAUAUCGACUAGAAUUUUAGACGUGCAUAGUUUUGUAAUUAUCAAGACAUUUUGUAAACAAAUUAAGACUAAAACAAAUAUAAGUAUAAAAUAUGGUAUUCUAAACAUACAAUAUAAUCAACAAACAUAAUAAUCACACAUAACUGAAGUUAUGAACACCUAAGCAACUGUAACUUUAAUCCAUACGACUAUAGAAUAUAAUACGGUAUGAAUUACAUUUCAUAUAUCAUUAAUGUAUUAUCGACUUAUACAAAUGCUUAAUUUUGUAAUUUUGAUUGCGGAUCUCCGUGCAUGUAUGUGAGAUACUUAAUUGAUAUAUCAUGUUUGGCGUCCUGUUGUGUUUGAUUGGCCUAAAAAUAUACAGGUACCUACGUAUAAGUACUUAAAUACCUACUGAAAAAAAAGCAAUACAUCUCUAAGAAUACUUUUAAAAAUAAAAACGAGCUUUCUAGUAAUAAAAUGUGGGACCAAACUUUAAUGUAACAUAUCGAAAUAUUUAUGUGUGCUUAAGAUAACUUAAAUAUAACUGAAAAGUAACGAUCAUAAUAGAGUGCGUGCCUGCAAGUUAUCACUUAGAAUUUUACGAUGCUGAAGUUGUGCAUUUAUUAUUUGUACAUUGUACAAAAUAAUUGAAUGUUAAUAGUGUACAUAUAAAAUAAAUGUUGUUGAGUAAAAGGAGUCU